UAUGGGUUACUGUAUUCUGGUGGCUCACGGCCUGGGGCGCCUGUGUUCGCUGGUUGGCCGUUUGGGUACCACAGUCCUCAGCGUCUCCUUGCUGCUGCUGCUCCUGCUCUUCUCCUGGAAGACCGUCCAGCAGAACAACGUCUGGCGCUCCAGGGAGGCCCUCUUCCGCUCUGGUAUCCAGACUCUGCCACACAAUGCCAAAGUCCACUACAACUACGCCAACUUCCUGAAAGACAACAGCCGGCACCAGGAGGCCAUUCACCACUACACCACUGCCCUCAGGUUAUACCCCCGCCAUGCCAGCGCCAUGAACAAUCUGGGCACUCUGACCCGUGACCCAGAGGAGGCUGAGCGCUACUACAGGAAGGCACUGGCCACUAACCCUCAGCAUAACCGAGCUCUGUUUAACCUGGGGAACCUCCUCAAGUCACUUGGGAAGGAAGAAGAAGCUGAGGCUCUGCUGAAGGACUCCAUAUACUUCGGUCCACAUUUUGCUGAUGCUUACUCCAGUCUGGCUUCACUCUAUGCUGAACAGAAACGCUUUGCUGAAGCCAAAGAAGUGUAUCUGGAAGGAAUAGAGAAGUGUCCAGACAGCUCUGACCUGCAUAAUAACUACGGAGUGUUUCUGGUGGAUACUGGAGAGGGGGAGCUGGCAGCCGCUCACUACCAGCAGGCUGUCAGACUCAAACCAGCGCACUAUGUUGCCAUGGUGAACCUGGGCCGCCUACUGCGAUCAUCCAAUGAGAACACAGAAGCGGAGUCUUGGUACAAGAGGGCGCUGCAGGUGACGAGGAAGGUGGACAUCCUGACUCCGCUCGGAGCGCUGUACUACAACACGGGCCGCUACAACGAGGCCCUGCAGGUGUACAGCGAGGCCGCCACCCUGCAGCCCCACAGCACCGACAUCUGGCUGGCUUUGGCUCAGGUUUUAGCUAUGGCUGGUCGCAGCAAAGAGGCAGAGAAGAUGACGCUGGACAUCAUAUCCAGAGAUAGCGGCUGCAUUGAGUGUUACCGCCUCCUGUCUGCAAUCUACAGCAAGCGUGGGAACUACACACAGGCGCUGGCUGCUCUGGACAGAGCCCUGCAGCAGAGUCCCAGUGAUGUGACCGUGAGAGCAGAGCUGUAUUUCUCCAAAGGGAACCAGUUCAGAGAGAUGAACCAGCUGGACCGAGCCUUCCAGAGCUACAAGCUAGCUGUGGAACUGAAACCAGAUCAGUCCCAGGCCUGGAUGAACAUGGGGGGGAUUCAGCACAUCAAGGGAGACUAUGCAGCUGCCAGGAUGUAUUACCAGCGGGCCCUGCUGCUCAGCCCCGGCUCCAAACUCCUGAAGGAAAACCUGGCCAAGCUGGACCGGCUUGAGAGGAAAGUGACAGGGGGGUCGUAGAUUACCACAGUUCCCCACAUGCAACCAUCCUGGGCUCAAAUCAGCGGAGAGGGCCCAGCAAGCCCUCUGGAGUCCAGACACCAGCUACAGGCUGGUUAAAAAGACAACAGGCCUGAAAGCAGAGGAGCAGAGGACUCUUCAGGUGCUGCAGAGAGAGACAGAGGAGCCACAGUCAGGGAGCUUUCCUCGUGGGAGCAGAGGGGAACCACUGGCUGAAGACCACUGGAGCUCCAUGUGAUCUGCAUCAGCUUUACUUCAAAAGCCACAUCUGCUUGUGUGAUUUAUUAUUUAGCUUUAUGCAAAGGAAUUUCCUUUAUGGAACCUAAUCACAGAUUGAACCUCAGUCUGUGAUUAGAACAAAGUAACUAAAAACAAGAUGUAAAGAUCUCAGAUUAUAUGAAAAAUUGAAUAAGAUUCAUACCAGCUGCUUUCUUUUUAGACAUGAACUGAACUAGGUUCAAAUGACCUCUACUUCCAGAACAAGCUACAGGUUAGACCUGGUUAGGCAUGUGUUGGUUAUGGUUAAGGUUAGGAUAAGUCUCCAGGAAAUGUAUGUAAGUCAAUGUAAUGUUCCCUGAAGUUGUGUGUGUGUGUGUGUGUGUGUGUGUGUGUGUGUGUG